GCCUUAUAUUUCCUGGUGUUGGGGCCUUUUCUGCAGCAGUGGAUGUGCUGACCAAGACCGGGAUGGCUGAAGCACUUUGUACCUAUAUCGAGAAGGAUCACCCAUUUUUAGGGAUUUGUCUUGGACUUUAAUUACUUUUUGAGUCAAGUGAAGAGAAUGGACCAGUUAAUGGUCUGGGCUUGAUACCGGGUGUGGUUGGGCGCUUUGACUCUUCAAAUGGUUUCAGAGUACCCCAUAUUGGUUUGGUUGGAACGCUUUGCAAAUCAAUAAAGACUCUGACAUUUUGGAUGAUGUUGGAAAUCACCAUGUAUUCUUUGUUCACUCUUAUCGUGCCAUGCCAGUAUUAAGAUACACUUCAGAAAAUGUUUUUGUACCACUAACAGUUGGAGGUGGGAUUAGAGACUCUACAGAUGCAAAUGGCAGGUACUAUUCAAGUUUGGAAGUUGCUUCAGAAUAUUUCAGAUCUGGGGCUGAUAAAAUUUCUAUCGGAAGUGAUGCAGUUUAUACUGCAGAGGAUUACUUGAAAACUGGAGUAUGCAGGGCUUCUCCUGAUUAAUACCUUCAAGUUGUUAGUCUCAAAAUGCUAAUGCAUGCAUGUUUCCCAUUUCUAAUAGUUUGUCUGAAUGCUCCUUUUAGGAAAAGACUGGGAAAAGUAGCUUAGAACAGAUUUCUAGAAUUUAUGGAAACCAGGUAAUUCCUUGUUAUUGAAGCAUCGCCCUCUUCACGUAUUUAUCUUCAUCAACUGUCUUCUGAGAACAUUUUCCAUGCCAUGCUUCUCAGCCUUUCCAAAUUUGAUCAGUUUCUUAUUUUGAGCCUUUCUCUUUGCUUUCUUGAAAAUUGAAGAAUAUUUUUCAUGGCUUGCUUCUUAAAUUCCAGAUAAAAACUGAAAGUUUUUUUGUUGCUGGUAAGCAUAGUAAAUUGAUGAUGAGGUGUUAGACAUAUGGUGGAAGUUUCAUUUCUUCAAUUUUUUUGUUUGAUUCGAUUGAUAGAUCAUUGUAUUACCCACAUGCUGGCACUAUUCUUUCUAUGCUUUUCUGUUAAUGUCAUAAACACAUUUUGAAGGGCUAUUUGUCUUGCUUUGUAAUUGCACUAUUGCAGAAACAUGUGUGGUAUCAACAAUUUUGUAAUAUAGCAUGAAUUUGCUG